AUGACCGUGAACAAGGCACAGGGGCAAAGUCUCAACAAGGUCCUGGUGGCACUUCCGAACAACGUGUUUUCGCACGGUCAACUAUACGUGGCUUUGUCCAGGUGCACCAGCUCGGCAAAUGUCACAGUGUCAUUGACGCCAGGGAGGGGUAAUUCAACUUUGAACAUUCAUGAAGCGAUCAUGGAAGAUCAACCCGUGGAAAGCAGUGACGAUGAUUCAUGGGGUCUCAAUGAUGAAAUUGAGUCAGAUGAAUGGGAAGCCUAUUCAAAUGAGGAUGAAAUGUUAGAAGACUGA